GGCCCCCCAGCAGCUGGCCAGCUUGGCAACCCCAGGCCCGAGCCCCUAACUCCCCUCCCCCGCCCCCGUCCCCUUCCCCAUUGAAGGAGCGGAAAGAGAAGAGAGAAGAGUGAGCAGAGAGAUUGAGAGAUUGAGAGAGAGAGAGAGAGAUAGACGGAGAUCUCUGGAGCAGACCUCAAGGUGACUUCCAUUUCUAUCUGGUUCACGUCUGGGGGGGCCCUGGCCGGGCAGCCCCCCCACAUCUCUCCUGCCCUGAAACACGGCUCUAGCCAACCUGCUCCGCUGCUUCACCUGCGACCGUCUGUGUGGGGGCUGCACGGCGCCAGCCCCUCCGGCCCGCCAGGGCAUCGUCCUCCAGCCGGUCAUGCCCAGCUGCGACCCUGGCCCGGGCCCCGCCUGCCUCCCCGCCAAGACAUUCCGCAGCUACCUGCCCCGUUGCCACCGCACCUACAGCUGCGUCCACUGCCGCGCACACCUGGCCAAACACGAUGAGCUUAUUUCCAAGUCUUUCCAAGGGAGCCAUGGCCGAGCCUACCUGUUUAACUCCGUGGUCAACGUGGGCUGCGGACCGGCUGAGCAGCGUCUCCUGCUCACGGGGCUCCACUCGGUAGCUGACAUUUUCUGCGAGAGCUGCAAGACCACCCUGGGCUGGAAGUAUGAGCAGGCUUUUGAAACGAGCCAGAAGUACAAGGAGGGGAAAUACAUCAUUGAAAUGUCGCACAUGGUGAAGGACAACGGCUGGGACUGAGGGGCUCAGGCAGGCUGUGCCCUCCCUCCGCAUGCCCACCCUCCCCACACCUGUCCCCUGGCCCUGCCAAGCAGUCCAUACCAGCAUGAGUACUGCCCCACCCCUGGGGGGAACCCAACUCCCACCACCCCUCCCCACCCCUUCCACCUCGUCACUCCUAGGUCCCUUGGGAACAGGGGCCCGGGGUACCCCAGGGGUGUUCAAGGCUCAGGGAGAGACAGAUGGUCGUGGGUCCUUCUAACGCUGAGGUCCUGAGAAUGGAGGUAAUGGCAGGGUGUAAGGCAGGCAGAGGACCGUGGAAGGAUCCGUGUUGGCCCUAACCUCUCUUCUGAGUGGAGGACAAGCCUUAGACACGGGGCUGGUAGGUCCCAGGCCAUGGGAGUAGCAGAUAAGAAGGGGCUGGUGUUGGAGUGAAAUUUUGGCCUCAGACACCGUGAGACACCAGUCUCUGACGGUAAAGCUUCCCACCCCCGUUCGCAGGAGAAAGGAUUCGGGGGUGGAAGGGAAAAAAAAAAAAUCCCAGAUCCCAAGCCCUGGGAAAUAAAAGAAUCACAGGGGUUUCCAUUUCACUCCACUUGUUUGCUCAUCUUGGCACUAAAGAGGCACUUUCGGAGUAUCUACCCUUCGCCAGUGGGUGGGGUGGGCAAGCUGCUCCUGGGACACCCCCCACCCCGGUCGGCUGCUUCCAGAGCGAGCGGGCUUUCUGGGCAUGCUGAGGCCCAGCCGCUGCUCCCGGGGCCACGGUCCCGUGGAGGGGAGGUGGGACAGCAGUACCACGGGGCCAGGCUUCCUCGUGGCUGCCACCAGCGAAAGAAACUUUUGUAUGAUACAUAAAGUGUUUGGGUCUAUUUUUAAUAAAAAGGGGAAAAGCAACUGUGAGGCACUCUGUCCUCUUGACUUUCCCUCCCGAGCACCUUCAGUAUACGGUCCUGUCACCAACCCCCUGGGGCCUGUCCCUUCGGGCCACUAGAGGGCAACAACUACUCCGUCCGUGCGGAGACCCCACUGGAGCUUUAGCCAGGGGAUGGGUCUUCGGAUGAGAUUAGUUUAGUGAAGAGGUAACUUUUGUUGAGCGGUGUCCCAGCGGGAGCAUCCAGGUCAGCUCCUCUUCCAGAGCCCUGGACAAUGAACCCGGUUGUGCCAGGAUCCAGGAUGGGGUACCUGGAAAGGGGCUCAUCCCUGAACCAGUGUAUUCUUGGGUCCCACUGCCUUUCAGCCUGAUUUUUUAAAUGUUUGGGUUAGCUUGUGGCCACACAGAAGGCUGAACAGAAAAUCGAUCAACCAAGGUGCUGCCCUGGGCAGCAGGGACCAAGUGGAACGGAAGGGCUUAAAAUCACAGCAUCGGUGCCGUGUGACCCACGCGCAGUUCCUUGGCAGUGAUGUGAAAUUCUCACCGUUGUUUGCUGGGUCACAGACAACGGCAGGGUGGACUGUGCACAUUAUAGAAGUCUUUUUUUUGGGGGGGGGGUGUACACUAGCUUGUUAUUCUGAUUCAUUCACUGGUACCGCAGAUCUUUGUAGAGCACCUGUGACAGGCCAGGCUUUGUGUUCAGCACUAGGGAUGCAAUGAUGAGCAAGGAUGACUUCGGGGGACUUUCAGUCUGGCGGGAGGACAAAACAAUAACCAGGCAAAUCCAGGGCCAAGGGCCAAGGGCUCUGGGCAGUGGUGGUGGUAGGAAGGGUAGGCUCGGGAGCUCCUAGGAAAGGCUUAGCUUAGAUUUGAGGCAUCAAGGAAGACUUCAGUAGAUUUCAUAGAAGUGAUGACUGAUGGGAGGUAGAGGAGGAGCCAUCAGGUGGGCACAGGGGGACAAAGGGAGGGGGCCUGAUUCAGGCAGAGAAAACUGUGAGUCAAGUGGCUUGAGCUCAGUUAUUUUGA